UUCUUCCUCUCUCAUUUGGCGCGAAAACUGCUUGUGAUUGAGAGAAUGUUAGGGUUUUCACAGAGACCUUAAAUCCCAUUUCUAGGGGUUUUUGUUUUUUUUUUUAUAUUUCUUUUUUGAGGGAUGGCUUCUUCACCUCCUUCAAAGCGUAGGCGUAAGAACUCCAGCAAAGAAGACGACACAAAUGGCUCGUCGUCAUCGUCUCCUGAGAAGAUGACACCUGUCCUGGUCUUCGCUCAUGGUGCCGGAGCUCCUUCCUCUUCCGAUUGGAUGGUUAGAUGGAAGGAUAUGUUGGGGAAGGCUAUGCAUACUGUCGAAGUAGUCACCUUUGAUUACCCUUAUAUUUCUGGCGGAAAGCGGAGGGCUCCUCCUAAAACAGAAAAAUUGGUGGAGUUUCACUCAGAUAUUGUCAAAAUGACUCUUGCUAAGUACCCUGGUCAUCCACUGAUUUUGGCAGGGAAAUCCAUGGGUUCAAGAGUCAGUUGCAUGGUGGCCAGCGGGGAAGAGAUUGGUGCUUCAGCAGUAGUUUGCUUGGGAUAUCCGCUGAAGGUUUUCUAUAUAAACAUAUUUAUCUUUUUGUGUGGCAUGAGUGGAACAAUUCGGGAUGAAACACUGCUGCAACUAAAAGUUCCUAUAAUGUUUGUACAGGGUAGCAAAGAUGGGCUAUGCCCCCUGGAAAAGCUAGAAGCUGUUAGGAAGAAGAUGAAAUCUCUUAAUGAGUUGCAUGUGAUCGAAGGUGGGGACCAUUCCUUCAAGAUUGCAAAGAAGCACCUGAAUUCAGAGGGAACAUCGCAAGCAGAGGCCGAAGAUCAUGCUGUUCAGGCCAUUGCAGCUUUUGUCUCCAAGGCUCUUGCAGGAAGAUGACACGCUCCUGCACAAGAGACUUGGAUGUAAUAUAAUGGGUUGUAGCAGUUCCAUCUGUAUUUUGCUUUAUCUAGGUAUUUUGUUGAGGUCUUCCUGCAUCAAGUACCAUUGAACUGAUAUUUCUUGCUAGGAUAGACCAUACCAUGUUAUUUCCUCUAUGGGCAAAGGCUAUCAAAUACGUUCCUCUUUUCUGUUUC